CCCAUAUAAUUAGAGCGAAAGCUUUUAGCUUUGAAACCCGUUUCUCUCUCUCUCUCACACACACAGCGCUUGCAAUGAGCUAAGUUGACUCAGAUGGUUCAACAAACAAUAGAGUCUAAAUUCAGCGAAUAUGGGAUGGGAAACAGUGAAAAUGAUUUGCCUACUCGUGAUAAGCAACUGCCGGUUUCUGUAAAGAAGACAGUGUUGAGAGAUUUGCAGAAUGAUAACAGAAUUAUGGUGCCCAACUCUAUUGGAAACUCUCCGCUUUUGAAGGAUAAAAGUCCAGUUAGUGAUGCCACUAAAGCUUCUGGUGCCAAGAGAGCCUCACCAGAACACCCUGUGAGUCCCCCUCAGCCCCAUUCUCAAAGCAGUAAUGGGCAUCUUGUUUAUGUCCGUAGAAAAUCUGAAGCAGAAUUAGGCAAGAGUAGCACUUGUGAUAGCACAAGCGUUACUACUGAUUGCCCACAGUCAAGGCAAUUUGGUCACCAGGAUGAGACCACCCAACCCAACUCCCAGGUGAAGGAGCCAAAAGAUUCUUGCUUUCCGGCAUUUGCACCUUUUCCAAUGGAGACUUCUAUAAGCUCAUCUGGAAAACCUUCAGUUCCUCAACUUCUUGGAAAGCCUGGUAUAAGGCCAGCACCAGCAGAAUCCAAUUAUCAUCCUGUAGCUUCUGCUGGCCCUUUGUUGAGUAAUCCAAAGGGAUCGAAGAAUCUACAGUGGGAAGACCGAUUUCAUAUACUGCAGAUGUUAUUAAGAAAAUUGGACGAAGCAGAUCAAGAGAAUUAUCUCCAGUCUCUUCGCAUGCUCUCUGCCGAAAGUCUCAGCAGACAUGCUGUUGAUUUGGAAAAGAGAUCAAUUCAGCUUUCACUAGAGGAAGCGAAAGAGUUGCAGCGGGUAGCUGCUUUGAAUGUCCUGGGAAAAUCUAUGAAGAAUUUUAAAGCACCCUCAACUUUUCAAGACCGGUUAGAGAAGUGACAGGAUGGGAUGAACUUCAGUAGUGUUUAUUACUUUAUUUCAUUGUUGUGUUGGGCAAAAAGAUAGCUUGUACACAACUGUCCCAACUUUUAUUAUUUUUCUGGCUUUUCUGCAGUAGUCAUUUACCUGCUUGUUUCAAUAUUAUCCACUGUAAUAUUGCCAUUGUAAUUUUCCAUAUCUAGUAGUGAAAUGCUGUUGGCAAUAUCACAUUGUUUCUGUAUCAACUAUUGACAGCAGCAAAAAAUGAAAAGGAAAUACUUUUAAUUGUGA